AACAUUGAAGAAGGGCGGGUAGUGGAGGGCAUCUAUGAAAGUUGACUUGUUAUUAUAUCUCAACUCUCAAGACAAGGUCAAACACCAAGGAGCUGAGGGUUUUGUCAGAAAAUUAAAGCAGAGUUCUCAAAGGGUGUAUUGUAUUAUUGGGUUUGAGCCUUUGAGGUGUUAGUUGUCUAGUUUUUCAUCAAACAACGUUGUUUCUUGAGGUUGCAUGGUUUAAUUUGUGUUAAACAAUAUAAUGAUCAUCCUCCCAAGAAGAAUCUGGUUGUGUUUGUUGUCUGUGUUGAUAAAUUUCUUGGUUGUAGCAGCAUGGACGAACCCAGAUGAUGUGGCUGCUCUAAACUCUCUCAAAUCUGAGUGGGAAAAUGUACCACCCAAUUGGACCGGCCAAGAUCCUUGUGAUGAUCAUUGGGAUGGGAUUCAAUGCAGAAAUUCCCGCGUCGUUGGAUUAACCUUAUCAAGCAUGAGUCUGCGUGGUGGGCUAUCUGGAGACAUUGCUGGGUUAUCAGAGUUAGAGACCUUGGAUCUAUCAUACAACAAGGAAUUGACAGGUCCUCUUCCUCAAGCCAUUGGAAACCUGAAAGCAUUGUCAAACUUGAUCCUUGUUGGUUGCGGGUUUUCUGGACCAAUUCCAGACACAAUAGGAUCUCUGACCGAAUUGAGAUUUCUAUCGUUGAACUCAAACAAGUUUGUCGGCACAAUACCACCAUCCGUUGGUAAAUUGUCAAAACUCUAUUGGCUGGAUAUGGCCGAUAAUCAACUUACCGGAACUCUUCCAGUCUCUAAAGGGGACACACCUGGUCUUGAUAUGCUUCUUGAUACAAAACACUUUCACUUUGGAAAGAAUCAACUUUCUGGCGAGAUUCCAGCUCAGCUUUUCAACUCAAAUAUGAAACUUAUACAUUUGUUGCUUGAACAAAACAAGCUUACUGGAAAUAUCCCUGAAACAUUAGGGCUUGUUACGCAUUUGGAGGUCGUUCGUCUCGACAAGAAUUUGUUGAAGGGGCCCGUUCCAUCAAAUCUCAAUAACCUCACAAGUGUCAAUGAAUUAUACUUGGCAAACAAUGGUUUUAGUGGCGCCUUGCCCAAUCUCACUGGCAUGAAUAACCUCAACUAUCUAGAUAUGAGCAAUAACUCAUUUGAUCCGACGGACUUUCCAUUGUCGUUGCAAACCUUACAGUCUCUGACGACAUUGGUGAUGGAAAAUACAGGACUACAAGGACAAGUUCCUGCUGCCCUUUUCAGUCUUAAUCAGUUGCAGAAUGUCAUCUUGAGCAAGAACAGACUUAAUGGCACCCUGACCAUUAGCUCCACCUACAGCCCCCAACUGCAACUCAUUGAUCUCCGAAACAACUUGAUUGAAGCGUAUACACAGAGACCAGGAAUCGGUUUCCAGAUCAUACUUGUAAAAACCCCAUAUUGCGACGGAGGAGGCAUGGCGAGUUACUGUGUUGUACCCCAGCCUAAAUCCCCAUAUUCAACUCCAGCUAAUUGUUCGCCUCGUAAAUGCAGUGCUGGCCAAAUAUCGAGCCCUAACUGUCAAUGCGCCUAUCCAUACACGGGAAACAUAUUUUUCCGAGCUCCUUCCUUCUCCAACUUGGGAAAUGCUACCAUAUUCGAGACGCUUCAAGGGUCUUUGAUGCGCGCUUUCCUGUCUCAUCAACUCCAUGUAGAUACGGUUUCCCUGAGUGAUCCAAAGAAAAAUUUGGAUGAUUACCUUGUGGUACACUUGGAAGUUUUUCCAUCUGGCCAGGAUUAUUUCAACCGAACAGGAGUUUCUGGAGUUGGGUUUGUGCUUAGCAAUCAGACUUUCAAGCCACCCAAAGAAUAUGGACCUUUCUUUUUCAUUGCGGAGGGCUAUAAGUAUUUUACAGGUAGUGAUUCUACAGAAUCAGGCAAGUCUUCAAGUACUGGCAUUAUAAUUGGAGCAGCAGUUGGUGGUUCAGUUCUUGUGAUUGUAUCACUGAUUAUUGGGGUCUACGCUUUCCGCCAAAAGAAAAGAGCUCAAGAAGCUACUAAAAAGAGUGAUCCUUUUGCAUCCUGGGAUCCUGCUAAAAACAGUGGUGGUGUCCCCCAGCUAAAGGCAGCAAAAUGUUUCUCAUUUGAAGAGCUUAAGAAAUGUACAAACAACUUUUCAGAAACCAAUGAUAUAGGAUCUGGUGGUUAUGGAAAGGUAUACAGAGGAAGCCUUCCUGGUGGGCACCUGGUUGCCAUAAAAAGAGCUCUACAGGGAUCAAUACAGGGUGCCCCAGAGUUCAAAUCUGAGAUUGAGCUUCUCUCUAGGGUUCAUCACAAGAAUGUUGUUGCACUGGUUGGGUUUUGUUUUGAUCAAGGUGAACAAAUGCUGGUGUAUGAAUAUAUUCCGAAUGGCACACUUAAGGACAGCAUCUCAGGAAAGUCUGGAAUCAGAUUAGAUUGGAUGAGGAGACUUAGGAUAGCUCUUGGAUCAGCCAAAGGGUUGCAGUAUCUGCAUGACCUCGUUAACCCGCCCAUCAUCCACCGCGACAUAAAAACAAAUAACAUUUUGCUGGACGAGCGGUUGAAUGCUAAAGUUGCGGAUUUUGGCCUCUCCAAGUCCAUGGGUGAACCCGAAAGGGGUCAUGUCACCACUCAAGUUAAAGGAACAAUGGGCUACUUGGAUCCAGAGUAUUACAUGACAAACCAGCUAACAGAGAAGAGCGACGUUUACAGCUUUGGAGUGGUGCUGUUGGAGCUGCUUACCGCGAAAGUUCCAAUUGAAAAAGGGAAAUACAUAGUUCGGGAAGUGAAGCAAGUGAUGGAUAGGAGUAAAGAAAUGUUUAACCUUCACGUAGUUCUCGACCCAGCCAUUCGCUCUAGCGCAACACCCAGAAGCGUCGAGAAAUACGUGGAUCUAGCAUUGAGGUGCGUCGAAGAAUCAGGAGUGCACCGGCCAACAAUGAGCGAAGUGGUGAAAGAGAUCGAGAACGUGAUGGAGAUUCUCGGGCUGAACCCUAAUGCUGAAUCUGCAUCAGCUUCAGAGAACUAUGAGGGAUCAAGCACAGGCUUUCAGCAUCCUUACAGUGAUCAAAGCCUCUUUGUUUACAGUGGAGCCUAUCCUCCUUUAAGCUUAGAGCCCAAGUAAAACAAACACCACAGAUCCUGCAUCUAUAUAUGGCCUUGUGGCCUGCUUUUCUGCCAUGUUUUGUAUAUUUUAGGUAAAAACAGAUGGAAUUUGUUAAAUCUUGAAUUUCUUGCCCUCAUUUUUGUAUAUUUUGUGUUGAUGAAAUGGAAAUGAAUACCCUUUGAAGAAACAGAAA